GUGUCGUCUGAUGACGUAGAAUCCUUGCGACUCACCUAUCAACAUGUGGGAAAGAUGUGUUGACUGUAACCAACAUGCGGACUCAUAAAUCAUCAAUUUCAAGGAACGCAUUCGACAGAGCAUAACAGUUUAAGUUUGUGUCGCAAACAUCAUGGCGAAUAUCAACCUUCACUUCAAAACAAAUUAUGCGAUUUCUAGUAAGAUUGAGCCUUUCUACAAAGGAGGCAAAGUGCAGGUCAGCAAAGAUGAAAAAUACAUAUUUUGCACGUGUGGCUCUCGUAUCAAUGUUCUGGAGAUCAGCACAGGAAAGAUCGUCCACAGCAUUGAGCAUGAUGAUCAAGAAGACAUCACAUCAUUCGCGCUAAGCUGGGACGAUGAGAUGCUGGUAACAGCCAGCAGAGCGCUCCUGCUGAAGCAGUGGGACUGGAGAAAAGUGCAGUGUACUCGCACCUGGAAGGCCAUACACACAGUUCCCAUAGCCAGUAUGACUUUUGACUGCACCUCCACGCUCUUGGCCACAGGUGGCUGUGACGGCACUAUCAAGCUCUGGGAUGUGGUGAAGCAAUACUGCACUCAUAACCUUAAAGGCUCUUCUGGUGUUGUACACCUGGUGGAGUUCCACCCAGACAUUAGCCGUCUGCAGCUCUUCUCAUCCUCCCUGGACUGCGGCAUCCGACUGUGGGACCUGCACACCAGCCAGUGUGUGUGUGUGCUAAAGAGCCACUACAGCGCCGUCACUUCCCUCAGCUUCAGCCCCGACGGUGAUACCAUGAUCAGUUCAGGGAGAGAUAAGAUCUGCACGGUGUGGGAUCUGAAAAGCCGAACCGCAAAGAGAACUGUACCCGUCUAUGAGGCUGUGGAGGGUGUUGUGAUCCUGCCUGUGAAUAAAGACCUCUCGAAAAUAGGAGUCCAGAACAGAGACUUACAUUUCAUCACAGCUGGCAGCAAAGGCCUACUGAGAGUGUGGGAGGCUAGCACGGCCCGCUGUGUCUACAGCCAGGCCCUCCCGUCCAAGCUCGGCCCUUCUUCGGAGGAUGAGGAGGAGACGGAAGACGACCCCCGCAGUCUAACGUACUUGCUUCACCUGCCUGAAUCUGGCAGGCUGGCCACAGUCACUGCGGAGCACAACAUAGUGCUCUACCAGCUGCCCGCUCUCAGCACGCAGCAACAGUUUGUGGGCUACAGUGACCAGGUGCUGGACGUGAAAUUCCUGGGUCAAAACGACAGCCACAUUGUGGUGGCCACCAACAGCUGUCAGCUCAAAGUGUUCGAGCUGCUCACCAACACCUGCCAGAUCCUCUACGGGCACUCGGAUACUGUCCUGUCAUUGGACGUGUUUACAAAAGGCUUUGUCUUUGCCAGCUGCGCAAAGGACAGAUCAGUGCGUGUGUGGCACAUGGACGCUGACAGCGGCCGCGUCCGCUGUGUGGCCUACAGCUCCAGCCACACAAACGCUGUGGGCUCCAUUUCCUGUUCCAGGUUGAAAACAUCCUUCAUCGUUUCCGGCAGUCAGGACUGCACACUAAAGGUGUGGGAUCUCCCUGCAGACUUAACUGGCACAGACACAGACUUGCACCAGCUGGCUGCACGUGCCACGGCAAAGGCACAUGAUAAGGAUAUCAACAGCGUGGCCAUUUCUCCCAACGACAAGCUGCUGGCUUCUGGCUCGCAGGACCGCACGGCCAAGCUGUGGUCACUGGCGGGGGAGGCGACCAUAGAAUUACUGGGAGUAUUUCGGGGCCACCGGCGCGGCAUCUGGUCCGUGUGCUUCUCACCUGUCGACCAGGUGCUGGCCACCUCCUCUGCUGACGGCACAUCUAAGCUGUGGACCCUACAGGACUUCAGCUGUCUUAAGACAUUUGAGGGGCACGACGCAUCUGUGUUGAAGGUUGUCUUUGUGAGCCGAGGCACUCAGCUACUAAGCAGCGGCUCUGACGGUUUGGUGAAACUUUGGACCAUCAAGACCAAUGAGUGUGUGAAGACGCUUGACGCCCACCAGGACAAGGUUUGGGGGCUCCAUGCCAGCAGGAAAGACGACAAGAUGGUCACCGGCUCGGCCGACUCCAACAUCACUGUGUGGACGGAUGUGACGGAGAUCGAGCUGGCCGAGGAACAGGCUAAGCAGGAGGACCAGAUCUUAAAGCAACAGGAGUUGUCCAACCUGCUCCAUGAGAAGAAAUACCUGAAAGCGCUCGGCCUCGCCAUCUCGUUGGACCAGCCUCACACUGUGUUGUCUGUAAUUAAAGCAAUCCGUCAAACGGAAGACAGUAGCGAACUUCUGGAGAAGACAGUUUUGAAACUUCGCGUGGAUCAGAAAGAGUCGCUGCUGCGUUUCUGUGGGGUAUGGAACACGAAUGCCCGGAAUUGCCUGGAUGCCCAGGUGGUCCUCAAGGUGCUGCUCACCCACGUCCCACCGGAGGAGCUCCUACAGUACCAGGGCGCCCGCACCGUCCUUGAGGGCCUCAUACCGUACACAGAGAGACACGUGCAGAGGAUUGGCCGUCUGCUGCAGGCGUCCAUGUUCCUGAACUACAUGUGGCAGAAGAUGAGGGUCGCCGGAGCACCAACCAGGAUGAGGCAAGAUGAAGAAAUGGACACCGCACCUCUUGCUUCUGAACCCGUAUUAAUGAUCGACAAAGAGGGUGGAAAGGGCAGCGGCGAAGACAAUCAUGAUGAGGGUGAUAGCGGAAACGAUGGAGAUCCAAAUUGUUCCGCUGAAGAGGAGGAGGAAGAGGAUGAUGACGAUGAGCAGGUGAGCACCACCAAGAAAGCCACCACGAAUGGGAACCACCAUCCGGAGAGUGAAGCAAGUACUGAGGAGGAAGACCAGGAAGAGCAGGAGCGGUAUCAAAUGACAGUGAACACUGCAAGAAGUCUCCCAAUUUCCUCUUUCCCACAAGGCUCUGCUCUCACGAGCUGACCGACGUCAUGAAAUUCUCCUCCACACCUGCGGUCAACUUUUUUUUUUUUUCCAUUAGUGACAGCGAUCCAUUGAGGAAGCAAGAGGAAUGCUUUGUUGUUUACACACAGCAGGAAGAAGCAACAACAUCCAACAAUGAUCGUUUUGUUCUGCUCGAUCGACCGGCUUUUCCGCAGUCAAGCGAGACUCUGUUUUUCCGUUUCUUUGUUGUGACUACGUAAUAAACAUGUGCUUGGUUCUGCUUUCUAAUUAAAAUGAAACAAGACGUAUUUUAAU